GUAGAAGAGAAAGUCGUCUGCAUAGAGACUAAAACUCCCUCUGGCCUAUAUGGAGAAAGGUUGUGGCAUUUCCUCUGAAGAUCCAGGACCAUCCCCACUUCUACAGACCGGCAGAGACAACAAAUUUACAGGUCAUGCAUAUCCAGCGGGGAAGAUCCAGCUCUCUGGAGAUGUUUUCCAGUUCACAGUCGAUGUGAGUGAAUUUUCUCCAGAGGAUGUUGUCAUCACCUUCUACAACAACCACAUAGAUGUUCAUGCUGAGAAGUUGGGAGACAAUGGUGCAGUCACAAACACUUUCUCUCAUCAAUGCAAACUUCCAUCAAAUGUGGACCCCACAUCAGUGACCACAGAGCUGGAGGGCGGCGGGGUCCUGACUGUCAGAGCUCACAGAGUACAUUAGUUGUGUUCGGAUCUUUAUUCAGUGCAUCUGACAUCCAAAC